GCUUGCAGAGCAGCCAGACCGCAGUUGGUGCUGCGCCCGGGCGCUCAAGCGAGGCGGUGGAGGCGAGGACUCACUCGGGGAGUUGGCCACGGAGGCAGCGGGCGACCCCAUCCCCGGCCCCGGUCACCAAGCGGCUGGAGAUGACGGAGACGCUGCUGCCCAACGGCUGUCCGGCCGCGGACCAGAGAGGCUCCUGCUAUUUUCGCAAGGGAUGCAACCCCCUUGCAGAAACUGGGCGGAGCAAAUUGCAAAAUCGGAGAGCUGUCCUGAACCAGCAGAUUCUGAAAGCAGUGAGGAUGAGAGCUGGCGCAGAAAACCUCCUCCGUGCAACGACCAGCCCCAAAAUCCGAGAACAGGUGUUGCUGGAACUCAGCUAUGUCAAUUCCAACCUCCAGAUCCUCAAGGAAGAGUUAGAAGGGCUCAAUAUUUCCGUGGAGGUGUACCAGAACACAGAGGAAACCUUCAGCAUUCCUCUGAUACCGCUUGGCCUGAAAGAGACUAAAGAUGUCGACUUCGCAGCACCGCUUAAGGACUUUAUUCUGGAACAUUACAAUGAAGAUGGUGCAGAAUAUGAAAAUGAAAUUGCAGAUCUUAUGGAUUUAAGACAGGCCUGCCGGACACCUAGCAGAGAUGAAUCUGGAGUUGAGAUGCUGAUGAGCUAUUACGUACAGCUUGGCUUUGUAGAGAAUCGGUUCUUCUCACCCAGUAGAAAUCUGGGCAUUUUGUAUACUUGGUAUGACUCUUUCACGGGUGUCCCCGUUUGCCAGAAGAAUUUGUUGCUGGAAAAAGCCAGCAUUUUAUUUAACAUCGGAGCCCUCUACACGCAGAUCGGUACAAAAUGCAAUCGGCAAACGGCAGCCGGGCUCCAAAAGGCCAUCAGUGCUUUUCAGAAGGCAGCAGGAGUUCUAAACUAUCUAAAAGAAACUUUUACUCACACUCCAAGUUACGACAUGAGCCCUGCCAUGUUGAGUGUGCUGAUCAAGAUGAUGCUCGCUCAAGUUCAGGAGUGCAUCUUUGAACAGAUCUGCCUUCCUGGCAUACGGAAUGAAUUUUUCACGCUUAUAAAAAUGGCCCAGGAAGUUGCGAAGGUUGGAGAGAUGUACAUGCUUGUGGACACCGCGAUGAAUCAAGCACCAGUCAAGGAGAACAUCCCUUACUCUUGGUCAAAACUGGCCCAAGUCAAAUCGGAUCAUUUUAGAGCUUUGGCGCAUUAUUUUGUUGCCACGAUGCUGUGCGACCACCAAUUACAUCAGGCCGAUGAUGAAGAUCAACAGGAAAAGGCUUUUGGCCAGCUGUACGACCACAUGCCUGAGGGGAUGACACCCUUAGCUGUCUUAAGAGAUAGAAGCCAGCGUAAACAACUAGGAAGACUUCAUUUGCAUAAAGCUCUCCUGUAUCACAAAGAAGCCUUAAGGGUUUGUAGCUUAUGCACAAAGCUCCGGAAUAUAGAGAUCCUUCAAGAGAUUUUGUCUGUCGCACACAAGCGGUCCCUUCUCAAAUAUACCCAGCAGGAGCAAAUAGAUGACUUCUUUAGUUUGGUGUCGGCACCCAAUAUCCUUCCCCACACAAAUCACAAAAUAGAACUGAUUCCUCCUCUGUUCUCUAACGUGAGAGACCUCUUCGAAAGACUGGGCCCACCUGCGGUCUUUUCAGCCAAGCAGAGGUGGUCACCCCCUCGCUUCAUUCGUUUCUACUGUGAAGAUGGCCAGUUGGGGUUCACUCUCAAAGGUGGCCCGCCGGUACAGGUUGACUGCAUCGACCCAGCUUCUCCUGCAGCAUUGGCAGGUUUGAAAGAAGGAGACACUGUGAUUGCUGUUGAAGACACGGAUUGCAAAUGGUUGGGGGUGAGUGACGUCUUGGAAAAACUCCAGAAUUUGAGCGAACGGGAGAUUGAGAUCCAAGUGAUCAGCUGUCAAGAUAAUGCACCUUCCUUGCAUAACAAAUGUGCCACUUACUCAGCGGGGAUGCAGAAAACAUACUCCCUUAUAUGUCUGGCGAUGGAAGAUGAGAGAACCGACAAAACCAAGAAGGUGACGCCUAAAUUGUCCUUCUUGAGUUGGGGAACCAAAAACAGGCAGAAAGCUGCCAGCACGCUCUGCCUUCCUUCGGCUGUAAGUGGGACCUCUGCCAUGAAGAAGAAACUGACAACCCCAUUCACACUUUUCAACACCGAUAGUUCAUUGUACUAGGGCCUGGUGACCAAGGGCGGUCUCGCCCACAAAGGGCCUCAGAAUGGAUGUUGUGAGUUCACAAUGUAGCCUUUAAGAACCCAGGGCUGAGUAGCCCCGACUUGCAGUCAACAACUACCCAUUCAAAUCUGGCUUCAACUGUUCACUUUGCAAGGACCAGAAAGUUUUGGAAGAAUGUGUCAUAUGUCUAUAUGUUUGUGGAGUGCUUUCAAACUUCUGCCCGGAUUCUGGCUUCGUUAUGAUCUAUCCUGAGAAAGAACAGAAUGGUUUCUGCAAAGACUGAGGAUUUUUUAUUUUUAUUUUUGUUUUUAAAAAUGUGAACAUGUAGCACAAUAAUGCCACAUGGUUGACCAUCUCACCUACGUUGAGGGGAGAAGUAAAUAGAACUGUUGGCCAUAAUGGUGCAGGAUCAAGGAGAUUUACUUGCUAAUUAAUUUAAAACUCGAAUGAGAAACAAAUUAUAGGCCAGUUAGUAACCUUCUGUGAGUUGACAGCCUACACAGCUGGACAGAACCAAAUUCUUAAAUUUUUGAAUGGCCAGGUGAUGGAAAGGAAACAGGGUGUAAAUGAAUAAAUCUAACAGGGUGUGGUAGUGGCAAGGCUACAUGUCAAGGUUUUAAAAUCCUAUUUUCUAUUCUGCGUUUGGUGGUUUCCAAACACGGCAAUUUUAAGACUUGUGGACUGCAGUUCCCAGAAUUCUGACAAUUGAAAGUCCACAGGUCUUAAAGUUGCCACGUGUGGAGACCCCUGGUUUAAAUAAACGGAACAUUUUUUAAAAGAUAAAUAACAUCACCUUGGGCUCAGGAUUGGGAACAAGGUGGAUGGCAGACACUGAGAGAA